AUAAAAUGUCCAAACCGGCGCUCACUUCACUUCAUCAAGCGCUGAAGAAAAGCUUCCAGUGCCUUGAAAAAAACCAGAAAGUGUGGAGAAGCGUGUUGGCUGAAUGCAGCCCGCUGAUGGAGUCUCUCGGGAACCUGGCGGAGCAGUCGCGAGCGCUGUCCAACGUCCAAAUCUCCAACACGCCGCUCCGAGACUUUCCUGAUCUGGAGGAACGGCUACGUUUCAAGCUCUCUCAAGCCAUGGACACGGUGCUGUGCAAACUCAAUGAGAACAUGUCUUCUCUACAGUCUGUGAGAGAUUCCAUCAGUGAACAGGUCUCUGCAGUCUUCCAGCUUUACGAGCUGAACACAGAGAGUCUGGAUCUGUCCACCUUCACCGAGCGUUCGGCCGCCGCCCCAUCGGUGGCCGACAUGCUGGAGUGGCUGCAGGAUGCUGAGCGACACUAUCGGCAGCAAUUUCUGAGGAGGAAGACUCUGCUGCUGACUCUGAGGGCAGAUAAUCUCUCCCUAUUAGAAUCUGCACCCAAAAGAUGGAAAUCCCUGGAGUGUGACGGGGCAGAGGACCACAUCACAGAUGCACUUUGCAAAGUGUCCUUCUUUAUCGAGGCCCAAUGAAGUGGGUCAAAUCGACACAGCUGGAACUCUGAACCCGACUUCGUUUCAUCCACAAAUUCAUGGACAGGAGUGGAUUUUUAUUGUGUUAUUUAUAAUGUCCCUAGACACUUCCUUGGAUAGAAGGUGUAUGCCUGGACCAGACUUUAUACAGCGUGAUGAGCCAGAGGAAAUCCUAAAAUGUAAUAUUGACCCUGUGGCGUCACUUUUUACUAGAUUGUCGGGCUCUUUGUCUGCAUGGGUUGAAAUGGUGCAAACCAGAUGUUGCUUUAGGGACAAUUAAAAAGGGACAAAGACAGUUACACAACCUAGUUUGGGAAGCACGCUGGGACAAACUUUUUAUUUCACUAAUUUGAUGCAGGCACAUUCAGGUCAAGGUUUUAUGUAACGAAUCGAGGGGCAACGGCAUCAACUGCUUAACAACUCACUGCAACCUUCACAACACAAGCCAUCAUUAAAGCCAUCACACCUUAAAGCAGUGGGCUUUUUUCAGGCACUACUAUAAAUCACAAAUAAACAUAAAAGGACCAAAGAAACUUUUAUACUUUGCAAAGAUAGAUAAAAUACAGGAUGGAUAUGUUAAUAUUUAAAGCUUCAAAUUCACGGACUGAAACUCAGUAAAUGUAAGAGUUUUUAAGAGCAUCCACUCCUCGCUGCCGUUUCCUCCUCCUAUACAUACUCCUUUAAUGGUACGCUAUUAGAGGCGAUGGGUUUCGGGGGAUCCGGCGCCAAAGCCGGCGAGUUAGCGAAGCUGCGGCCCAUGUAGCCGCGGCGGUACCCGCCUCUCCGCUCCAGGAGGGGGCAGGUGCUGCUCAGCACGGCGCCGCUGAUCAUGAGGAUGACCGCGGACGCCCAUCCCAGAUAGAUGGCCUGGCCCAGCUCCCUCUUGUGCAUCGUGGGCACGUUGGGGUUGUAGAAAUCGUGGACGACCGUGUUGGCGGUCCAGGAGACGGGGAUCAGCACGCACAGGCCGGUGACGA